AUCUGGUAACAGUAGAUCCUCAUUAGUCUUCCUUUUCUCAAAAUGUAUUUGCCAGUUUUUCAGCUUUUGUUAUUAAUGACUACCAGUGUGGUUCCUAUAACACAACUAUAAAUGGUUUAUAUUGUUAGCUUAUUACCCUAUUCUGUUAGUUCAUCUGUUUAAAUAGUAGAUUCUUUUCAUAACUGCUGACAAUGCAGUGCAUUUCCUGUGCCAUCAUUGUGAUUAAUAUAGUAAUAUUCCCAAAAGGUAUCGAAAAUUAUUACUAUGUAAUAUUUUUAGAAAGAGAGCAUUUUAAAUGGCCUAAAAGGGCGCCCGGAAGGUCAGCGUGUGAAGGAGCGGUGGUAACGCGGGUCUCCCCGCUGUUACCGAGGAGCGACGGCCGAGCAGACUAUCUCGGCCUGAGGCGGCGGGCAGAUUGCUGCGACACCAUGGAGGGCGGCGCGGGUAGUGGCAACAAAACCACCGGAGGGUUGGCCGGCGUUUUCGGAGCCGGCGGAGCAGGCUACUCGCACGCGGAUUUGGCUGGAGUCCCGCUAACUGGUAUGAACCCUCUGUCUCCUUAUUUAAAUGUGGAUCCACGGUAUCUCGUACAGGAUACAGAUGAGUUUAUUUUACCAACUGGAGCUAAUAAAACCCGGGGCAGAUUUGAACUGGCCUUCUUUACCGUUGGAGGAUGUUGUAUGACAGGGGCUGCAUUUGGGGCAAUGAAGGGUCUACAGCUAGGAUUGAGGGAAACCCAGAACAUGGCCUGGUCCAAACCAAGAGAUGGACAGAUCUUGAAUAUGGUGACUAGGCAAGGGGCACUUUGGGCUAAUACCCUAGGUUCUCUGGCUUUGCUUUAUAGUGCAUUUGGUGUCAUCAUUGAGAAAACAAGAGGUGCAGAAGAUGACCUGAACACAGUAGCAGCUGGAACCAUGACAGGCAUGUUGUAUAAAUGUACAGGUGGUCUUCGAGGGGUAGCACGAGGUGGUCUCGCAGGACUAACACUUAGGAGCCUCUAUGCUCUAUAUAACAACUGGGAGCACAUGAAAGGCUCUUUGCUCCAACAAUCACUCUGAAGAUUUUGCUAGUUUACAAAUGGAGGACACUUUACUAGUCACCCAGAUCAAUUUAUCAGUCAGUCUGGAGGCAUUUACUUUAUCUACACCUAAUCUGAAAAACUAGAGAUUCCAGUGUGCUGUGAUGAAGAUCAUGGAUGGUCGACCAGGACUGGCACUCCUUCCAGCCUUAAUGAGUUGAAGACAAAACACCCUUUGGCGGCUGAGUAACGUGGUUCUCUUAAGAAGAUCUCGCAUCUGUUUUUGCUCCUACCCACUUCUGUAAAACCACUUAAUCCCAGAAUUCAGGUCUGCCUGUCAAUACUGUAUCAGCCACAUUUGUUCAUUUAAUGAUCCAAGACUGUAAUAUUGCUCUGUAUUCCCAAUAAAGGGUGAAAAUAGAAAAAAAGAAAAAAAAAAUGGCCUAAAAUUCAGCAUUAAGACCAAGAAGUUAAAUCAGAGUGGGCUAAGUGCCAGAAUUCUGUGUAGAUCUGGCUAUAAAAUGUCACCACUCUGACAAAAAAAUCAGCUAUAAAGGAAAGUUGCUAGCAAUGACUUUGAAUAUACUUUUGCCAAAGUCCUACCAUAAUAACUGUUUUAUUGCAGUUAAGGAAAUUAUUUUUAAGCCUUAUAUGGGAAAUAAAAAACAAAACUAAAACAAGAUAAAUGUAUUCCAAAAAUUAACAUUGAGUCAUUCCUUUUGUUGCUUGAGCCAAAGAUCCCUAUAUUCAGCAAUCUGUAUAGUCAAUCUAAAUAAAUAUUUUUUCCUUAAAAA